AAGUAGAACUGAUAAAGUGUAUAUUGUGUAUAUUGCCCAGCACUGGAGCAGUAGAAGAUUCAAUGCCCUUCAUAAUUAACUUGCUUCUAGUGGACACCACGUCAAAGUUAUGCUCCUAGUUGUUACUGAGGAUUGCUGAAGGAUGUGAACAGUCAUGAAACAUCUGUCGACUUCAGUAAAAAGUGUGUUUAGUUCAGUUUAGAAAUUGUGCUGCUUUGUUGGAAAUUUCUCAUGGCUUUAGGCUUGACAACCACUAAUUGGAUUCCAUGUUACACUGUCUUGGCCUGAAGAUUUAGACUUAUUGAACAUCUCGGUGCUCAAACCCUCUCACUGUAUGUGACCACAACAAGUGACUCACUCCGAGGCUUUAAGUGAUAAAUCUCCUCAGUGACUCACCGCUGACUGCGCAGUCAGUAGGUACUUCAUUAGCCUUUAUUUUGGUUUGUCCAUUGCUCUCACUGUAAGGUUGAGCCAGUAAUAAAGGAAAAGUACGUGCAACUCUUAAAUAUUGACCAGUUCGAGGGCAAUUAAACUCAAUUAAUACAAAAAUGUAGGAAAUCCUCCCCAGUUGUGUUGGGUGGAACGAUAAUCAUUACUUUAGUUUCACAAUGCUUGUGUGUUUUGUAGUGGUAUUCACACAAUGUCAACAGUCCUGAGCAACAAUUUUAUUUAAAUAAAUUUGACACGUCUGCUUGAAGACAGCCUGUUGACUGAUAAUUCAAACCAGUCUUUGAUGUCAUAUUUAUUGUAAUGUGUUAUAUUAAUUUUUACUGUAUUUAUAGCUCUCUCCAACUGAAUGUUUAAUGUUUUUAUAUUCUUACUAAUGUGAAGUAAGCAAUCAGGCUUGAUGUGAACCUGCUUAACUAAUGUAGUGUCAGUUUCUGCUUACAUGUGAUUGUGUGAGCAGCGCUUGUCCUCUAGCACCCUGGCACUGAUCCUCUGGGGCUGAAGUACAAAUCCCUGGUUAAUCCCAGUGCAAAGGGUCUGACUAUGGCCAAGACGGGGGACAGUGUGUGCAUUUGUUUGGUUUCUGGGGGAUCGUUGUAAAACAAGAUACACCUGGCUAGUUUCCUGUGCUGUUGACAAGAUCGAUGACGGCCUCUUGGCUACAAAGGACGGUCACCUGGAUAGUUCGGUUGAUGUCAUUGCGGCGCAAGUGCCGUAGAAAGGUGACGUUGGUAAUGGUGGGACUGGACAAUGCUGGGAAAACUGCAACAGUCCGGGGCAUCCAGGGAGAGAGCCCACUUGAUGUAGCCCCCACAGUCGGCUUCUCCAAAGUGGACCUGAAGCAGGGAAAGUUCGAGGUCACAAUCUUUGACCUGGGUGGAGGGAAGCGGAUCAGAGGGAUCUGGAAGAACUACUACUCAGAAUCCUAUGGUGUGGUGUUUGUGGUUGACUCUAGCGACGUCCAGAGAAUCCAGGAGACCAGAGACACCAUGGCAGAAGUCCUCCGCCACCCUCGCAUUGCCGGCAAGCCUGUGCUAGUGCUGGCCAAUAAGCAGGACCAGGACGGGGCAUUAGCUGAAGCAGACAUCAUCGAGAGCCUUUCGCUGGAGAAGCUCGUCAAUGAGAACAAAUGUCUCUGUCAGAUUGAGCCAUGUUCAGCAGUUCUGGGCUACGGUAAGAAAGUUGACAAAUCUAUCAAAAAUGGUCUGAAUUGGCUGCUGAACAACAUUGCCAAGGACUACGAGGCAAUCACAGAGCGUGUACAGAGGGACACAGCGGAGCAGCGGGCACAAGAGGAGCAAGACAAGAAGGAGAGAGCAGAGCGAGUGAGGAGAAUCCGAGAGGAGAGGGAUAAGCAAGAACGCGAGGAGGCAGAGCGAGGAGGGAAACAAAUAAACGAGGAGUUAGAGGAUGCUAACAUGCCCAGCCCAUUCCAGCCGAUAAACAGUGUUGUUACUGAGAAUGAGGAUAAACUGAAAAAGGAAAUGGAGAAGAAAAAGCAGAGCGAGGAGUGCCAGGAGAGAGGCACUUUGGAACAGAAGAGCAAACAAGAGGAUGAGGAGGAGGACGAAGAGGAGGAAGACGAAGAGAGCGAAAGACAGACACCAGAAAGCAUAGAAUCCGGUCCAGCUGACCAGGCCAAAAAGAAGACAAAGAAACUUCGGCUGAAGCGGAAAAAUAGAAUCGAUCCACUCAGAGCGGAGGACCCGGCCAAGAGCCCAACCCCACCUCCUCCGCCAGUUGGAUGGGCUACUCCCAAAGUUUCUAGACUCCCUAAGCUUGAACCUCUUGGGGAUACAAGACGUUCUGGUUUGCAAGAAAGUUGGAACAGACACAGUCCACCAGCCAUAAUGGGUUGACAUCCUAUCAGCUUCUUGUUAGUAUGCAAUUAAUGCAGUAACUAUUCACUGGUGGUGGUUGUUUAGACACUAUCAUUUUAUGAUGUGUAGUUGUAGUGUUUUUAGAUCUACUGAUGACUCUGUGUAUUGUGACCGUGUUUCUGGCUAAUGAUAACCUGUUGUCUCCCCACGCUGCGAAUCAUCUGAGAAACCUGGUUUAAGACAUUUUGUCUUGUGUAGUUUAGAUGCUUUGAACGGGCAGCUUUUUAAGUUGAGAGUUUAAGCUGUAUUUGGUGCUCAAUGGAGAGCUGAAAGAAGUGCUGCUCAUAAUAUGUAUUUAUUCAUUUAUUUUUGUUACAGCUUUUAAGAAAUAGGUUGGCGAAAAAAUCUAAUGUAUGCACCCCCCCGCCAAUUAUGCUAAAUGUAGUUAAGGUAAGAUGAAAGCUUCCAUUACAUUUUAGUUACAAUAGCCUUGUAAACAUCAGACACCAAACAUGAUGGACUACGUUUGGUGUUGGGGGAAACUGUGUAGAUUAGAUUUUUGGCCAAACUAUUGCCUUAAUAGGGUUGUUGGGGUUAAUCUUGCUAAUCUGUUUCUUUUCUUCCAUCAUUUCUUUUCCAUUGGCAGAUUUCUAUGGCAAGCCUCUCCCUCCCGUAGCAAUUAGACAGAGGCCAAAUGGCGAAACCCAUGAUGUCAUUUCCUAACCCCACCUCUUCCCCCCCCCUUUGGUUUGCAGUUUGUCAUUCACACCAAUCACAGUCUUUUGUUUUCAUUUUCUUAUCUCCAAGCCCGAGCUGUAUAAAGAGCAAAGGGCAGCAUCUAUAAUGGAAGGAAUGGCAUCCAGACAAAUGAGAUGGAUGGAUCACAUGGAUCACAUGCCUAAUGACCAGCCAAUCAGGAAUACAGGGACAGUUUUUCCUUGGCCAGUGAUCAUGGAAGGGGGAAAAAAACGUCAUCCAACGCUUCCAGCAGUAAAGGAAUUCAUGGGAAAUGGACCUGCGCUUCUGUACAGAAUAAAUACAUUUUAUCUUUACACAAGAGGAAAAAGCAUUAUACUUUAUAAAACUUGUGAUCUGUGUAUAUAGACAUUUAAAAAAAAUCUGAACAGGUAUCGCGCAUAUUUGCAGCUGUGAAACUCGUGACCUUUUUGAAAUAAGACUGGACAGGAAAACACUACAUAAUUGAAAUGGUACAAAAAUAGGCUGGUGUGGUUGAAAGGUACAAACGUGGAAUGACCUAAAUGGCAUGUGAUAAGUGCACUGCUUUUUAUACAUUUUUUUUUUUUUCAUUCUUUUUAUAUAUAUAUAUUUUUUAGAAAUAUCUUGUGUACUGUGCUAUGUAAAAACCAGAGACCACCUUUGAUUUAUUUCAUUUCCAGCCAAAAUGACGUUAAGUAGUAAUUUAUUCAUCUUUCAGUACACUUUACCUUUAUUAUAGCUUUUAUUACUUGCCUAUAGUACUUACAACCUGUUUUCAGUUUCUCAAAGAAAUCCGCAGGGACAUUUUUCUACAACAGUCAGUCUUAGAAGUUGGUGCAUUUUCUGCUUCAUAUGAUCCAAGGAACCUCAAACAUAUUCAGUGUUGAUGUUUGGGUACUAAGGGUGGGGGGGGGGUCAGUCUGUUGUUCUGAGAACACUAGAAAGUUCUUUGGUUUGGAAAUGUGCCUAUUUUUUUGUCUGUUGUUUUCUCAGUAAAAGCUUCUUGACAACUACACAUCCUUUCAGACUCAUAGUGUUGAGUUUUCCCCUUCUUUAGGCAAGUAGAUUAUUUUAUACCUAGUCUACUCAGGAAUAUGUCCUGAAUAAGGAUUUAUUGGCUGUUUAAACUGGAAGUUAAUAAGUGAAUGGUGGUCUCUGGCAUGCAAUGUACUGUAAGUGUAUUUCAGUUAAAAAUUUGACAUUUGAUGUUUCAAAGUUUUGAAAGUACACAUGCAAACUGCGUACUGCGGAUUUCACCAGCAACCAACACUACGUUAAACAAGAUGGAUCUUGAACUGGCACGACAUGUUAAAGUGGAAUUUUUCCCAAAGGGAAACCUUUUAAAACAAAGACUUGACUGAACUGCAGUGGAUGGAGCAACACACACGUUUCAUUUCUUCACGUUCCACACUAUUGUUAUUUACACUGUCUUUAUUUUUAUGUGAAACCGGAACAUGCACAUACUGUAGCAGUAUUUAAACUUUGUUUAGAGAGGACAUUUAAUUUCAAACAGUAGCAGUUCAGAAUGUUACAGCAGAUCGUUUUGAAGAAACACAUUCUCAACGUAUGAAAUGGUAUAUCAAGCCAUCUGUUCAUUCCCACAAUAGACAAAGUUGUUUUGGCUGUAAGCCAAGCUCUGAAUGCGCAAUGUGUUUGAAGGUUUCUUGAUCAGUUUAUGGAUUCCAGUUUUUGCUGGAAUUUUAUGUGGACUUGACAGAUUUGCUCAUAUCAGACCUGUACUGUAAACAGUAUAUUCAUGUUUGGAUAUUUAUUUGUUAUAACCAGCAACUGACAAUUUAGAUUCAGUUGAAUUAAGAUUAAGUGACCCUUAUUAGUCCUACAACGGGAAGUUUCACCUCCGCGUUUAACCCAUCCGUGAAGUGAAACACCACAUACACACUAGGGGGCAGCCCUGUCCGCAGCGCCCAAGGAGAAGUUGGGGGUUAGGUGCCUUGUUCAGGGACACCUCAGUCAUGUACUGUCGGCUAUUGGGAUCGAACCGGCGACCAGUCACAGGGCUGGUUCCCUAACCUCCAGACCAUGACUGUCCUAAUUUGGAUUUCCUGUUUCACUUUUCAACUGUUCUUUUAUUUGCAUAUUACACAUUUUUUAUAUCUGACACUCUAGAGUGGAAUAUGUUUUUGUCAGUGUUCAAAUAAUUAACAGAUUCCUUAACACCAGAUUCUCAUUUUCACAGCUUUCGUUACAGACACUUUUUAUCUGGAUGGUUUUUAAUAUAAAUGCUAUUAAAUGCAUAAAUAUU